AUGAACAAUAGUACAAAGAAGCGUCUUGCAUCUCCUUCAGCAGAAAAUCCAGGACCAAAGAAAAUAGCUCGACCAUCCAUCGUAGCCACAAAGGCCUCACAGGCUCGUGCUGAUGCUAUACGUGCAGCUCAACGAUCUGCAGCAGCAGCGGCAAAUGGAACAGCAUCUAAAGUGCAUCGUAAAAAGCCAGAGGAUAAUAGCAAUAAUAACAGCAAAAAAACACCUACACUAGCAAAGUCAUAUCAUACAAAAGCCAGUAGCUUGAAACAAAGACCUGCUUGGGAUUUGAGAGGGAAAGUAACAGAUAUGACACAAUUGUAUAAACUUAAUCUAGAGAGAUUGGAGGAAUUGAAGAGUUUUAAGAGAGAAUUGGAAAUUGUCAAGGAAACAAAAGAAUCCGAAGAAAAAGAAGCCAUACAAAGAGCAGCAGCGCUUAGAACAGAGAUUCAAAGCUUGGAGAAAAAGCAUAUCAAUGAUGUUGAAGAAUUGCAUAAUAAGCAUCGUAUCGAUUAUCAGAAAUUAGAAGAUGAAAACUUGAACUUUUCUCGUCGAUUAACAACAAGAGAUAUUGAAGUCAGUGACGCAAAAAGGAAGUUGGAUCUAUCCUUAAAGGAACUGGAGCAAAUGAAAGAGGACAAUAAGAGAUUAAGGGAAUCACUCGAUAACAUGUCAAAUGCUUUCAAAGAAGCUGAAACGGAAAGGCAGACAUUAAAAUCAAAGAUAAAUAGAGCAGAAAUGUCUAUUUCAGACCAUGAAAAGGAGAUUGAAGGAAUAAAGAAAGAGAUUGAAGCAUCCAACAGUAUAAUACAAAGAUUACAAUCUAAAGUAGCAGAAGCACAUGCUGUAAGGGAUAGGCUAUUGAAUAAAGUGAAAGAUUUGGAAGAAAGCAAGAAAGGUACUUAA